AACAAGUCUCUUGUCCCUCACUGGAAGAACCAAACCCUAAAUUAAGAAAGCGUUUUUGAGAUGAUGGAGAUUGAUUUGCAGAGUACUUUUAGCUGGAAGAUAGAAAACUUCUCCGAAAGGAAAUUUCCAAUAACGUCUACUGCGUUCUCAAGCGGUGGCUGCGAAUGGUAUGUUCUAAUUCAUCCCAAGGGAGAUGGGUUUGAUGAUUACUUGUCUCUGUAUCUAUGUGUUGCGAACCCUAAAUCACUGCAACCUGGAUGGAAAAGGCGAGCCAGUUUGAACUUCAUUAUAUUGAAUCAAUCAGGCAAAGAGGUCCAUAGAACAUCUGAAAGAUAUGGCUUGUUUGGCGCUGAGAUCCCUGGCUGGGGUUUUCGAACGGCGUUGCCUCUUACCAAGUUACAGGAUAAAGAGUUGUUAGAGAACAACACUCUCAUCAUUGAAGUCUACAUUAAAGUUACUGAAGUUGUUCAUGAAGGAGAUGAAACUAGGAAGGAUAUGUUAGAUUUCAGAGGUUUCAAUGUUCUUUCUUCUCAAAUUACUUCAGUGAGCCACAUUUUUGCCAAGUACCCAAACUUUGCGGCAGAUAUCAAACCAAAAAGCAAAGCCGUGAAGACAGCAUACCUGAAGAUUCUCCUCGGCCUUAUCAAGACAGCAAACAAGCCUCCAGAGAGCUUCUCAGAGACUGAACUAAUCAAGGCUUAUAGCAGUUUAAUUGAUCUAAUGGAAGUGGGCUUUAAGCUGGACUGGUUGAAGUCAAAGCUUGAUGAGGUUUCCUUGGAGAGGAAGAUAAAAGUUGAUGCUGACGCGGCUCGGGUCCAAGAACUUGAGGAAAAGGUCAAGAAUCUUGAGUUAAUGUUGUCGAAUCUUAAAGUUGAACUGGACAAGGAGAAAGCCAGGUCUCAUAUUGAACCAAAAAUGUUCUCUUUAAAGGAUUAUGCUUCCUUAAGUACACCUAUGAGUCCUUGGACUCGAAGGAGGAAAUCCGAUUAAGAGAAAAACAGACUGAAAGACAAUCAUAUAUGUUCAUCAUAUCUUUCUUUGCAUUCUCCUUUCAAGUUUUCCUUCAGAAUACAUUUGAGUUAAUGUGUUAGAGAAUAUAAACUAGAGAUAGAUUCUUCAUUAA